AUGGUCAAGCAUCGACAAAAGUUGAAGCAAAAACUCCGCGUAACUUCAACUUCGACCACCACAGCUACUUGGCGACAAACUCAAAAGUCUACUAAUCAAGAGGAGUUCACCCCACUCGUAAUAACACUCCUUGAAAAACUUCGUAACGAAUCCCGUCCUCAAGCUUCUUCCCAAACAGAUCUCUCCCUCCUACCUUCUCCAGCAUACAACUACUUUUUACGUGAAGAGUCAGAACAAGCUCGACAAGCGCAACGUCGGAUUGAUGAUAUCAGUGGAAGAGUCUCUGGGCCUGCGCCACCGCUAAGCUGGCAGAAUGUUUGGAAACAUGGUGAGGGUAAGAAUGAACAUGGGCUAUACAAGCGGGCUUUGGAUGUAAAUACGGAAGAAUUUCACGGUUUGCCCUCCUUGCAGGAUAUUAGUGCAAAAUGUUUGGCUGUUAAUCUCCAGUAUUUUAUUGGAAAGUCUUACUUUGCUCAGAUGCCAACGCAUCUGAAGCAGAGUAUUCUUUAUUAUGCCAGCACAUACAACCCCUUGAAUGACGAGCUUUUUUCGUUGUUUGCGAAUGACAAGGGAUACGAAGAGUUAGUUCUAGCUAACAGUAAAGUGUCUUUUGAGACUCUGAAAAGAGCAUUCUGGCGAACAGAUAAAAAGCAUCGAAAGGAUUCCUUAUCUUCUGUUGCAUAUCCAGAAGAUGAACUGAAAGAAAAUGGAAAAGAAAAUGCUGCAGUUAUUAGCGAGUCUAUAAAUAAUAUCAUCGAGGACUGCGCCGUAGCUCCUGUCGGCAUUCAAGGAACUGGUCUUCCGACCGCAACAGUCAAGAAGAAUGAGAAGAAAACCGUUUAUUCUUGCACUCUUACCAAUCUGCGCCGCCUGAAUCUCGCUUUCAAUAAACAAAUUCCGGCAAUGUCAAUAGCAACACUUUUAUCGUCAACUGUUCCUCUAUUGACACACUUAUCUAUUGCCGGAUGCUUUGAUCAAGGGAGUGGCCCUCAUGCGUUGGGAAUCCUAUCACGAGGAUUAAUUAAUCUUGUCUUUUUAGAUUUGUCUCAUUGUGAAUGGGUCAAUGAUUUAGUCUUAAUGAAGUACGUAAACUGGCAAAGGGACUUGAAAUAUUUAAGAGCUCUUAUUAUAGUUGGCUGCAAAAUUAAAGAUGUGCAAGAUGCAUACUCUAAAGUUAGAGAAGACAGAGUCUGGAUUGACAUUGUUGUGUAA